AUGGAAGGAUCGUUAUUAGAACCUACUUUGUACACGGUGAAAGGUAUAGCUAUCCUAGAUAAUGACGGAAAUAGAAUAUUAGCUAAAUACUACGAUAAAAACACGUUUCCAACAGCAAAAGAGCAAAGAACCUUUGAAAAGAAUUUAUUUAAUAAGACCCACCGUGCUAAUGCCGAAAUUAUCAUGUUGGAUGGUCUUACCUGUGUCUAUAGAAGCAAUGUAGAUUUAUUUUUUUAUAUUAUGGGAAGUUCACAUGAAAAUGAGCUUAUUCUAAUGAGUGUUCUAAAUUGUCUUUAUGAUUCUGUAAGCCAGAUUUUAAGAAAAAAUGUUGAAAAGAGAGCAGUUUUAGAAUCUCUUGAUAUAGUAAUGCUAGCAAUGGAUGAAAUUUGUGAUGGAGGAAUCAUUAUCGAUGCUGAUUCAAGUUCUGUUGUGUCACGAGUAGCUUUAAGAAAUGAUGACAUUCCAAUUGGAGAACAAACCGUAGCCCAGGUAUUUCAAUCUGCAAAAGAACAGCUGAAAUGGUCAUUAUUAAAGUAAGAGUUUAUAUUUUAAAAUUUCAUGAAAUAUAUGUAUAUUUAUUUUCA